AUGCAUUUAAACAGUACACGUCAUCAAUUUCCAGACCACCUUUUUCUAUUGUCUACAUUGGAAGGCAAUCACACAGUUGGAGAGGUCAGAUUAUCAAACCAGUCAAUCUACGAAGUGGAAAAGAUGACCUUGUACUCUUGGACGCGUUUUCAUUGCAAUGCAAAUCAACCUGCAUGUGAUGGAAUGAACUCGUUUUCCACAUCACCCUUUUGGCAAGUUACAGAAAUCCAUUUACUAGUCCGUUCACCAUCAUUGCAGUCCAGAACUGCUGACAUUCUUCCAGUUUGCACUUACCGCCUUAAGACAUAUUGGAAUUACUCGGUAAAUAUCAACGAAAUCAAGAAUGGUGGAGGAAGACUUGGUCAAACAAGCCAUUCACCAUCUUUGUUUCCAUUAAAAGCUGAGAACAAAGACUCUCCUCCAUCUUCCCUUCGCAGGAUGUGCAUAACUGAAGUGAUAGAAGUGCACACAGACUUGUUUAUGCGUGUAUCUAACCAAGGUAGAUUAAUUAGCCAAACAGUCGUCUAUUUGUGUGGUGUGAAUCCACCUAUUCCUACCCCAAACAGACUUAGUCAUCUGGCCAUCUAA